AUGAAUCAUAGCAGGGAGAGGAGCUCUAGGUUGGGUCUAUUGGAGCCUGGAGUCACAGACUUCCCCUGCCUGAAUAUGGUGAUCUGUCACCAGUGUCCCGAUCAAGAUGACUCUUUAGAAGAAGUCACAUACACAUUCUAUUCCCCACUGACCCUUCAGAAGCUGGCAAUCAGAAGUCUACUGAGGGAUGAGACCUUUGCAAUUUCUGCUCUCAAGGACCUGCACAAUAGGUUGUUCCCAGAAGCUUUUGAGGAGGCCUUCACUGAUGGAUAUACAAAGAUCUUGAAAGCCAUGAUACCUGUGUGGCACUUCCCACACCUUUCUAUAGGAGUGCUGAUAAAGAACCGCAACCUGGAGAAUCUGAAGGCUGUGCUUGAGGGACUAGAUAUACUUCUUGCACAAAAUGUCCACAGCAGACUAGAAUCUUGUGAGUUGUGUGAACAGAUAACAGAAGGUCAUGUCCUAGUACUGACCUCAAUAUAUAGUCAGGAUGAGUUUGAGAGAAAUGUCAUCUGCUUAGCUACCAAUUACAUCAACCCUUUCAAGAUCUGCCAAAAAACAAUCAUUUCUUCUCUACUCAGGUGCCUGAAGAAGCCCUUGGUGACACUUUGCAUCAUUAACUGUGAACUCUCACAGUCAGACUUGGAUUACCUGCCUUAUUGCAUGAAUAUUUCUGAGCUCAAACAUCUUCAACUUCGUGAUAUACAUUUAUGUGAUUUAUUCCUUGAGCCUCUUGGGUUUCUCCUUGAGAGAGUUAGAGAUACCCUGCAAACCCUGGAAUUGGAGUCAUGUUUUAUAGAGGACUCUCAGUUGAAUGCCCUGCUGCCUGCCCUAAGUCAAUGUUCUCACCUCACUGAUGUCAAUUUCUAUGAUAAUAAUGUCUCUCUGUCUUUCCUGAAACAACUUCUACACCACACAGCCAACCUGAGUCAGCUGACCCAGGAAGAAUACCCUGCCCCUCAGGAGUGCUAUGAUGACAGUGGUGUAAUACUAACAUACCAAUUAGAAAAUUUUUGUCCUGAGCUCCUGGAUAUACUCAGGGCCAAAAGACAGCCCAAUAGGGUUGUCUUUGAAACAACCCACUGCUCUAAAUGUGGUGGGUCCUACGUUUAUGAUCUGGAAAACAAAUGUUGCAUUUUUGUAGAAGUAUUAUAA